AUGUCGCGCCAGGCUCGUCGCUCUGGCCGCCUGGCGGUAACCUGGAGCCUCUCGGUGACGCCAUCCGCUGCCAUGGCCGUCGCGGCCAUGACUGGUGCUGCUGGAGCCACCAUGUCCACCAUGUCCACCAUGUCCACCAUGUCCAUGGGAGCAGCAGUCCCUGGAGGCGGACCACUUGCGGGGGCCACUGCAUCGCCCAAGAGCGCCUCCAUCUGCGUCGCUGCCUCUAUUCCAAGCACUCUGAUUGGCCCGUCAUCCCGCAAAACCACAAUCACCAUCGCCCGCUGUGGAGGUCCAAGCUCGUCCAUUCCCUCGACGCUAUGCAUAUUACGAAUACCACCACAUCCAUACGCAUACCAGCCUGGCCUCAUUGACUCCCGACAGCGACCAUCUCAGCCUGCCCGCUUCCCCGCGUCUUUUUCCUGCCGCUCCUUCUUGUCCCCUCCUCCUCUUCUUCCUUCUGCUUCUUCUUCACCCUCACGAGCCAAUAGCACGCGCCGCGCCUACCACGUCUACUCGUCCGCCUCCCACCUCCAAUCCACCCUCUCCGCCGCGGUCCUCCAUCUCGCCCCGACCCUCACGCGCCGCCGUCUGCGCAGGCUCGUCGUCGCCAUGGGCCACAGCCACAACCAUGGUGGCCACUCCCACCACAACCACGACAAUUCCUACCUCGUCUCCGCCAAGAAGAAUGACCCUGGCGUCCGCAUCACCCGCAUCGGCCUCCUCUCCAACCUGCUCAUGGCCAUCGCCAAGUUUGUCGGCGGCUGGGCCUUCAACUCAAAGGCCAUGGUCGCCGACGCCUGGCACAGCAUCGCCGACAUGGCCUCGGACAUUCUCACCCUCGCCACCGUCUCUUGGAGCAUAAAGCCCCCCUCAGACCGCUUUCCCCUCGGCUUCGGCAAGGUCGAGAGUCUCGGAUCGCUGGGCGUGUCCGGCAUGCUGCUCAUCGGCGGCGUCUACAUGGGAUGGGACAGCGCCAUUGCUCUAUUUGCCCAUUUUGACCCCGAAAAAGCCCACGACAUUCUCGAGCACGUUGGCCACGGCCACAGUCACUCUCACAGUGCCGCGGAUCUGGGCAUUCCCAGCGUACACGCCGUGUGGCUGGCAGCCGGAACCAUUCUUAUCAAGGAGUGGCUCUACCACGCAACCAUGAAAGUCGCCCGCGAACGCAAGUCCUCGGUCCUCGCCUCCAACGCCAUUCAUCACCGCGUCGACAGCCUCACCGGCAUCGUCACGAUGGCCGCCAUCAUUGGCGCCAACACCAUUGAAAACGCCGCCUGGCUGGAUCCUGUCGGCGGCCUAUUGAUAUCCAUCAUGGUCAUCCACGCCGGCUUCGACAACACCAAGUCGGCUCUCUACGAGCUCAUCGACCAGACCAUUGACGCCGACGUCCAGGGCAGCAUCCGCAAGCAGGCCCAGGGCGCCCUCGUCCACGUCAGCGACGGCCAUGAGGCUGAGCUGCGCGACGUUAGCGGCGUCAAGUCGGGCCAAAACUACCUCGUCGACCUCGAAAUGGCUGUCCCCGCCGCCUGGACCGUCGGCGACCUCGCCGAGGUAGAGAACGCUGUCCGCACCGAGGUCGGUGCCCGUGUCCGCGGCGUGCGCCGCGUUCGCAUCCGCUUCGUCUCCAAGGACGCGCCGGUCAAUGAAAAGUUUGACGAGUUUGUGUACACGAAUCUUGAUGCGGAUCCUGAAGCCCACAAGCACGAAAAUGGAGCCAAGGAGGAGCAUGACCACAAGCAUUGA